GUAUUCUGGUGAAAACGACGCCAACAGAAUCUCCAACGAUCUUUCUGUAAAGGACUUGGAGAAAUUGGUUCGAAGAGUUUCUCGACUAGCCAAGAAGGAUCCUAUUCCCUCCUCUUGUCGAGUAGAACCAUACAGUGCUUCCAAUCCUCUUCCCGAGGUAUUUUGUCUUCUCGAGUUUAUGUCUUGUUCUAAACUUUUCCUUGCAUCUCAUUGUAUUGGUAUCUCGCUAAUUUUCUUUUGUCGCUAUUUUCUUGCAGAACCAUCCUACUAUGGCUUCCCUUCCUCCUCUUCCUGAGGAUGGAGAAGUCGAAGAAAGGACCAUUGUCACGGAUGAUAAUCAGGAAGCUCCAUCUUUUGUGAACGAACCCGUGGAUUCUCGAAAAUCUGCGGGUCAUUCUGAAGAUACUUUAUCGGCACAAUCUCCUCCCCCCGCUGUCUCUCCAAGAGGCAAAAGGAAAAGGAACGAUGUCGAAGAUUCUGGCACCUCUAAGGCUGAAGAAGUUGUUCCUUCUCAUCCGAAGGCAGCUUAUGAUCCUUAUAUUGAAUCCCUCGUCAGCUCUGAUGACGAGGAAGAAGUACCAACUACUGACGUGGCUCCUCGGACAAGCACGUCACGUACUGUACUUGCCUCAGACACGCUAGUUGAAGGAGAAGAAUCCUCGCCUCCUCAACAAAACGUCGUCACCACAACUCCGCCAGGAAAAUCCAAGGAUAUUUUCGAUAAGAGCGGCGGUCACGGUUUCAGUAGCUGGUUCUGUGGUUUGGCAAGAACUGACAAAGACAUGAAUCCCUUGCUACGAAAAAUUGCUAGGGGCUUCAACCAUUCCGUCGACUCGUUCAAUUCUUAUGACGUGAACGGGUAUCGCUUCCAGACCCAUCAAUACACAACAAGCCGUCCAAACAAGAAGACAAUAAAUAGCGGGGUGGUAUGUCAAGGUGAUGAUGGACUCCAUUACUAUGGAAGAGUCGAGGAUAUAUACGAGCUGAAUUACGGGUUUGACAAAGGGCUAAAUCCCGUCGUAUUCAAAUGCCACUGGCUCGACCCACGUCGUGUGAGACGGGAUCCUGAAAUUGGAUUGGUCGAAGUUGAAAGAAGCUCUGUUUAUAAUGGAGAGGACGUGUACAUUUUGGCCACCCAAGCCUUCCAAGUAUUCUAUCUCCCGUACGCGUGCCGAAACCCGACAAAGCGUCUACAUGGAUGGGAUGUUGUGAUGACGGUUCCUUCACGCAUUAGGCCACCCCCGCCAAACAAGGACAAUUACCGCCGCGUAGACCCCUCAACAAGGAGUGUUGAUUUUUAUCAAGAAGAAGGGCUCCCCGGUCAUUUCACUAUCGACUUGUCGGCCGUUGAUAACAUGGUCGUAGACGAUGAGCAAGAAGAAGAUGCGGUUAUGGAGGAAGACAAUGAAGAAUAUGAAGCUGAGGAUGUGUGUGCCGUAGAAGACCUAAGUUUGCUCGAGGCGUUCAAAGCAGACCUUGACCUAGCUCCUAAUGGACCACCUCCAGGUUUCAUCGAUGAUUAUUGGUUCGCCGAGCCUGAUGAUGAUGAAACAUGUGGUCCGAUUACGGAUGUCGACAUAGGCUACUGAUCUAUGUAGUUGUAAUUGUGAGGCUAUCCUAUGUACUGAACU